CUGGACUUGCUCUUCACAACAACAGUGUGUGUUUGCUGGUAAGCAGAUAAGACGUGGGGACAAGAAUCUGCACAAACAGCCUUAUUACUGGUCAGCUACAUUGUAAGGUGACACCACAAACCUGCAGGCGUGUAGAGGAGAGUUAGUUUGAAAAGCGACGGCAGCCUCCACUUGUUACAUCGUUGUGUCCUUAUACAACAUGUGGAGAACCUGAAGGAAACAUCUGGCUGUAAGAGAUAUGUGCGCGUGUGUGAGAGGAGAAAUAUAGACGAGAAGAUACCGUGAAGAAACUUUUAUGAAACAGAAAAUCUUUUGAAGAAUCCUGCCGUUCCUGUUCCUGUUUGGUCAGUCAAAGACCGAUUGGAGCUGAAGCAUGGACAGUGAAGUGGGAACGAUGAACACCAGCCUUGACAGUCCCCUGAGCCCGAGACACCUAACUGGUUUGGGGAUGAACUGUCUUUUUGGACAAAAGAACAGACACUCUGGGCCUGGCCUCACCAGUCCUCAGGAGUACAACCAGUGGCUGCCUUACCGCCAUGAUGCCAGCCUGCUGCCCAUGAAAGAAGACCUGGCCUUCUGGCUCAACACACUCUUGGGUGUGGACCUCACAGCAGAUGGUCUGAUGGAGAGGUUGGAUAAUGGCGUUAUCCUCUGUCAGCUGGCACAGCUGCUGCAGGAGAAAAUGAUCCACACCAACAAUGGCAAGCCGUUCACGAGAAGAGUGAUCCACUGGCGAGCUGAUGCAACAUCUGGAUCAUUUUUCGCCCGAGACAACACUGCCAACUUCCUCUACUGGUGUCGAAAGAUUGGCGUUGAUGAGGCUUACCUGUUUGAGUCAGAGGAUUUGGUCCUGCACAAGCAACCUCGGGAGGUGUGCCUGUGUCUGAUGGAGCUGGGACGGAUUGCAGCCAGGUAUGGAGUGGAGCCUCCAGGGCUGGUGAAGUUAGAGAGAGAGAUAGAGAGGGAGGAGGCAGGGUGCUUAUCUCCAUCAUCCUGUCUCUCCUUUUUUCCUCCUACAUCAUUGUAUUCGCCAUCACAAUCUUCCCUGCCCCCAGCCCCCUCUCCUCCUCCUUCUCCUCCUCCUCCACCCGUGCCCCUCACUCCAAGCACAACCUGUCUGUCUGAAACCCUUGCCGCCUCCCUCGCCUCUGAUCUUCCAUCAGCCACAACAAACCCAGUACCUACAUGUUUAUCCCCUCCUCAGUCGUCCCUCUCAGCCUCUAACCCUUGUACAACCACAGCCUCAACACAAACACCUUUGUUCUCUUCAUCCUGCACCACUAACACAUCUGCCUCAACUCCACUGUCGGCACCCUCACCAGGCCGAACCCUGGUAUCCCCUGCCAGAGUCUCAUGUACCACAAUAAACAACCACACUCCCACAGCUACACCUCCCAUCACCUCCCCACCUGUAGCCUCGACUCCUCGUUCCUCUAGCAAAUCCACAAGCCGGAGGAGCAGAGGCACCACCGACAUUUUGGAUGAUAUUGUGAGAAACAUUAUUGAAAAUCCCCCCUGCAGCUGCCCCACCAGGUUCCUCGUCGAGAAACAACCUAAAGGCUGCUACCGCGUUGGGGAUAAAGUUCUGUAUAUAAGGAUGCUGAAUGAGCGCCAUGUGAUGGUGCGCGUAGGCGGAGGUUGGGAGACCUUUAUAAGUUACCUGCAGAAACACGACCCCUGCAGAGGAGGAGGACCGGUCAGCAGAUCUGAGGUCAGGGUCUGUAGGGACAAAGCGAAGCCGCCCAGUUUGAACAUCUCAUCUGACAGCUACAUGGUGGUCGGUGCCCAUUACCGUGGCAAGAAGUAGACUCUCAAACUGCUCACUUUUGCUUCUGACUCUGGGCAGCAGCGUUGAACAUUUCACUUAAUCAGACCAAACUGUACAAGGUAAAUGAUAUAACAUAUAGCUCAAAUCCCUUUUACCUCAAGUUUAAAAGGAAAUUCACCUUUUUUUUUUAUUCCCAACCGUUUUGUUAGCUGAUUGUUGUGUAUGAAUCAACCAACUGUCACAUGUUGUCAGUGAAGCCACAUGACUGUAUGUUUGCAAUCAUUAGUAAAUUAGCAUAAAAUUAAUUAUGAAUUAAUCCUCACUUCCCAAGAACAAAUGCCAAACAUUCGCUGGUUCCAGCUCCUUCAAUUUGAGGAUCUGCUGCUUUUCUUUGUCAUACAUGAUAGUCAAAUGAAUAUCUUUGGCUUUUAGAUUGUUGAAUAAUCUGCAGAAUAAUAAACAAUGACAAUGAUUGUUAGUUGCAGCACUACUUGUUAUCUAAUGUUAUAUCAUAACUUUCAUAUAAUCAUCUUGAUCAUCAAAUAUCCUUAGGUUUUGUAGUACUGUUUGCAGUAAUGUCAUUAUAGUCAUACAUGUGUACUGUUGUAGUUUAGUUAGUAAACAUACAGCUACGUGUUUAUAUAUAAUAUCACGGCACUAUAGUUUAAAUAUGUAUGUUUAAGCUUUUGUAUUUUGGAUGUUCUAGCAGCAGUUUGAGUAGUAGUUUUAAAGAUUUACGCAUACUGACUUUUAAUGUAUGGAGUUAUUUUUCUUAUUUUACUGGACAAAACUUUUCUGUUUAGAAUAAACUUGUUUCAAAAAUGCU